AUGAAGUGUGUGAUAGUCCUCAUGUUGGCUGCCCUGCCCCUGUACUGCUAUGCAGGUUCUGGCUGCCAACUCAUGGAUGAUAUGGUCACAAAGACGCUUGAUUCAGAGAUAUCUGUCACUGACUACCAUGAUUUUUUAAAGAAUUUGAGCCGUGAUGCUGCUGCUGAAAUGGCUGUGAAAGAUUUCAAACAGUGUUUUCUCAUGCAAUCCAAUGAAACUUUGAACAAUAUCAAGUUGUUUCUGGACUUUGAACAUAUCAUCCCAUUCUUUUCUGACCUGUAA